AUGGUCGCCGUUGCCUUAGCCUACCACCCCACCGUCGCUCACUAUUUGAGAUUCGUUGCUACCACCGUCGGUCGUGACAAGGCCCUCCGAACCCUCCAAUACCUCUCCCGUUUCCUCGCCUGGUACCUCUUCCGCACCAACUACUCCCAAGCCGCCAUCUCCCCCUUCGAAGCCAUCAAGAAACAAUUCGCACUCACCCGCAAACUUCUCCGCGUCGGCAAGAACGUCGAACACUUCAAAGCCGCCGCCGUCCUGCUCGACGCCAAAACCUCGCCAUCCGCCGCUGCCUCGUCCACCGCGGACCCCGUGCUCAAAUAUCUCGCCGUCGGCCGACAGCUGGGAUACGCCGCGUACUUGUCCUAUGAUAUGGUGACGUAUCUCGAUGCGGCGGGCAUUCGCAAGCUGAACAGCGUGAAGAAGUUACAGAGCCAGGCGCUCAAGGCGUGGAUGGCGGGAUUGGUGUGUUCGGCUGUGGCAGGGGUGUAUUCGAUGUGGAGGUUGAGGGAGUUGGAAAAGAGUGUCAACAAGCAGGAUGGUGAGGGCGCGUUGGAGGGGAAGAAGAUUGAGCGUGAACGCGCCGCCGUAACGAUUCAGUUGGUGUCCGAUGUCUGUGACUUGACUAUCCCAACUUCGUCGCUUGGAUACGUCAACCUUGACGAUGGCAUUGUCGGUAUUGCUGGAACGGUCAGCAGUUUGAUAGGCGCCUGGUCCGCGUGGAAGAAGACUGCUUAA